AUGGAUCAGCGUCUUCAGAAUGGAUCCCCAAUACAGAUAAAGUUGCUAAAAGUCGAACUUGGUCGUUGGCAAGGUCAUCUCGAGAAGGUUGUGGACGACUACCAAUCUGGCGCCGAAAAUUUGGACCCUUCUACCAAGAAUGCCAAUCUACGGGGAACUUUGACGGAGCUGCAAGAAUCCCUCGACUCAUUGCGUCGGAAACACUUGGCAGAGACUGAUAAAAAUAAUGUUAUUGGAGAUCUAUACACUGGCUUUGAGGAAUGUUCCGUCAAACUUGAUCAGGCCAAGGCGUCAUUGCUUCCCAAAGCCAGCUUUACCUUUCGACGUUACCGAAAAGCAUGGAAGGAACGUCAAACAACAACAUCUACGAGACAAGACAAAGCGAAGGUCACAAAGCCGGAUCCAAUUUCCGAUACAUUAUCGCCAGCAGUUGAAAAUCCUCUGGCAAAUAAGAGCCAUGUCUCCAUGGUUGUCACCCAGGCGGAACGGAUUGUCACUCGUCCAAUGGGAGACACUGCCGAAAGUUUAAAGGACUCUCCUUCUGAAAAGGAGCUGUGCUUGACUGGAGGUUCCUUGCUUAUUGUCAAUAUUCAGCACUCGUGCAUCCAAUUGCAAAACAGUUUCCAGGAAUUGCAUAUUUCAAAUGUUUCACAUUCCACCAUCCGAGUGGACAGUGAUACCGCUAUUUCGGGAGCACUGCAUAUGACAAAUUGCAACCAUGUAGAUAUCCAUGUCAAAUCCUUUCAUCAGUUGAGAAUUCACGAAUCCAACAACCUGAAGAUUCACAUUGCCGACGCAGAACGGUCUGGUGGUGCCAUCAUGGAAGAAUCCAACAAUGUAGUCUUUUCUAUCGCUCCAAAAACACCCACGGCAUCCUCAAGACAGAGCCAAGAGCACAGCAAAUGUGAGCUACUAGAUGUCAAAGACUUUAGUUGGCUGCACAGAGGAGUACCCAGUCCCAACUUUCGAGUUGACGUCCUACCAACCAACUCAAUAGUACCCACCAAGAAUGCAUCAAUCAGGAAAACAACAUCUGACGAGCAACCUUUCGUGACACAACAGACAGAAGUUGGGACCAGUAAUGCCGAAACCCAACUAUCCACACAACCACAAGCUGAGCAAGAAGAUAGCGACGAUGACGAGCUCUAA